AAUUAAACAUUAAUAGUGAAAUUGUAGUUAUACUUGACUAUCAUAUCAACUAAUACAAACAUUAUUGAUUUUAUUAAGAUAAAAAGGUUUUUGAUUGAUAAUAUGUCUAUAAAUACAACUAAUAAUGAUAAUAAUACAUUAUUAUAUCAACAAUUAAAAGUACCACAACAGAUACAAAUUGAUCGUUUAAAACAAGAAGAUGACGAACAAUGGAUAUCUGGUGAAGAAUUGUGUACAGAAGGGAGUAGCACAGAUUCUGAUGAAGAUAAAGCAAAUACAGAUAUUAAACAAAUUUUACAACAACAAAAACUACAAUUACAAUAUCAACAUAAAAAUAAAUUCAAACAAAAGAAGUAUUCAAAUAAUAUAAAUAACAAAAGGAAAUAUAAGCCAUCACCAUUGUUAAAUGACUCAACAACACAAUUAUCAGACGAGCCUAUAGCAACAAAUAAAAAUUGUUUAACUGUUGAGGAUGCCAAUAUGGAUGCAGGAGCUGAUGCUGGGGAAUGUUCAUCGUGGCGAUGGCGUCCAAAACCUGAACAAUUGACAAUUCUUGAAAGUUUUAAUAAUUUACGAAAAGAAAGUGACUUAAACAAGUUUAAUGAAGAAUUUAUUAAUAAAAAAUUAAAUGAAAUUAAACUAUUUGAGAAUAAAAUCAACAAGAAUCAUGUUCACAAAAUGGUAAAAUAUUUUAUAAUUUUUCUGUUUAUAAGUAAAUUAAAUACACUAAGGAAAACACUUAUAUAGUGGUACUGUUACACGACUUCACCAGGACGGCCGUUUUAAUCAUAUUGAAUGCCGGAGUGCAUAAUUCAAACGACGCCGAUUUUUUUUUAGUCUUUGUAAAUCAACCUGGCGCUUGACAAAUUUAUCUUUUCUCCCUUGUUUCUUUAGACUUCGUAAAUAUAUCUGGCACCUCCUUGAGUUGUUUAUUA